AAUCAAGCUUUUGUUGUUAACUUCCAUAAAUGUUGUGUUACAUUUGCAUGAUCAGUAUACACCAUUGCGAGCAGACAAAAAAGCUGAAUCAUUUGAAUAAUAAUAGUCUCGUAUGAAUCAACCGAUAUUAAACAUGACAUUUGAAAGUAAAAAUAUGCGCAGACAUAUAAACAAAUAGUUUUGUUGAAGUGCGGAUAUGUAUCCUAUUUGUAAUAAAAAGUACCUCAUUAACAGCUAACGUUGUAUUUAGUGCAAUAAGCAACAAAUUGCAUCGACACUUGCGUGACUUCUUCCUGAUAUAACUGACCAUAAUUACUGGCUACAAGUGACCCUGAUGGCAGCGUCUGCUGGUCAGGAAGUAGAAUGCGAUUAGUCGUGUACCAGUCACGGUUUAAGUAGUAAGACUAAUCUAAGCAGAUUAAAUCUAUAGUGGAAUGUCAAUGAGAGGUCCGGCAAGAAGAAGCGAUAGCAGUGAUCCGAAAUGACCUUGAACGCCUUAAAAACCGCUGGCCAAUCGCAGCUGAUGGCAGAUAUUUAAGUUGUCCCCCAAAGAAACGGAUUCAAUUUUUACGGACUCGGAAAGUCGAUUUUUGUUUUAGUAGCGUGUUUAGGCUGGGUACAGUGAGAAGGGUCGAAUGGGAACUGCAUCCGAUCUGUCAGCCACCUCUGCUUAAUAUUUUCAACGAAUUUUUUAAUUCACAAGAGUGCUUUGCUUAUAGAACCCGGUGCACCAUGAUCGAGUAUUUUCAAAUACUCUGCGGCAUUGCCAUAGUGUUCCUCUCCCUGUACUAUUACAACAUUUCCACCUAUGAUUUCUGGAAGAUUCGAAAAGUACCAGGACCAACACCACAAGCAUUUUUCGGAAAUUUUAAGGAGAUAUUCUACAAGCAAGCAUCGAUGAGCGAGCACAUAAAGAAAUUGUACGACGACUAUAAAAAUGAACCGAUGUUUGGGAUAUUUGAAGGAAGGACUCCUACGCUGAUGGUCAACGAUACGAAUGAGAUCAAGAAUGUUCUAGUCAGGGACUUCAAUGUAUUUGCUGAUCGAGGGAUACCAUAUUACAAAAGGGUAGAACCAUUGUCCGAACAUCUGUUCUUCUUGGAGUCCGAAAGAUGGAAGCCAGUGAGGGCAAAACUUUCGCCAGUGUUCACUUCCGGCAAAAUGAAGGAGAUGUUUCCUCUGAUAGUAGACUGUGCAGUGAAAUUGGAACAAUAUUUAGACAAAUUGGUGAACAAAGGCAAACCAAUAGAGUGCCGUGAACUGGCCGCCAAAUUCACAACCGACGUAAUCGGCAGCUGCGUGUUUGGAAUCGAAACGAAAGCCCUCUCGGACGAGAAUAGCGAAUUUCGUGAAAUGGGUAGAAGAUUUUUUGAGCCUUGUAUUCGGACCACAGUUAGGACCGCGAUUAGGCAGUUUCUUCCCGGAUUGUACAAUAUAAUCGGGGAUUAUCUACAGGCCGUUGGAGUCAGCGACUUCUUCAUAAAAGUGGUGAUAGAUACGAUGAAAUAUAGAAAAGCACAUAAUAUAUAUAGACCGGACUUUAUCAACGCUCUUAUUGAUCUUCGAGAUCAUCCUGAAAAGGUGCCCACUGCUGAAUUGACAGACACGUUCCUCACCUCUCAAGCGUUUGUGUUCUUCGUGGCUGGAUUUGAAACUUCGUCGACGACCAUCGCUCACACUCUUUACGAGUUGGCACAAAAUCAUGAUGUACAGAACAAACUGCGUGAGGAAAUUGUACGAAGUAACGCGAUACAUGGCAAAGAGCUAACGUACGAUAUAGUUAAGGCGAUGAAAUACUUGGACAAAGUGUUCAAAGAAACGUUAAGAAAGUACCCGAUAUUACCGAUGAUACCACGAGAAGCAUUGGCAGAUUACACAUUCGAAAGUACAAAAGUUUCGAUACCAAAAGGUACGAAAGUGUGGAUCCCAGCUAGCGGGAUUCACGCAGACCCAAAUUUUUAUCCAAAUCCUGACAAAUUUGACCCUGAGAGAUUCUCCGAAGAAGCGGUCGCCAGUAGAAACCCUAUGAGCUACCUUCCAUUCGGUGAUGGACCAAGAAUUUGCAUAGGUGCACGCUUCGCAUACUACCAGGCCAAGGUAGGAAUUAUAUCGAUCAUACGAAACUACAAAGUUGAUGUUUGCGAGGAGUCCAUUAUUCCAUACAAACACGAACCGCAAGCAUUGCUGUUGUCACCCGAGGGGGGAGUGACCUUAAAAGUAACAAAAUUAUCGCAGCUUAAUGGCCAUAUGCAGAGCGCAAAAUAAUCUUUCGUAUUAAACAAGUGUCUGAACAAUCUGAUACGUCUUUAUACAAAAUGGCUGCUUUACGAUGAAGUCGAAGACAAAGAUCGUUGAGUUUCUCAAUUUCUCCGCACGAGGUCUCUCUGAAUGUUUAUAUACACAUAUACUGUAUACUAACUUGUAGCAAAUAUUGUGCACUAGGAAAAUGCUUAUGUAGCAUUCAGAUAGAUAUGGAAAUAGUAAACUAACAAUUCUUGUAUAACAUAAAAUGUUAAUGACCAAUAGUGAGUUUAUAUAUACGUCUGUAGUUAUUUACUAUGUUUAUAUUUUUAUACGAAUGAUUAUAGUAUAUAAGUACAUACAAUGUUUAUGUAUGAAUGUGA